UUGUCCAGAAUGGAAGCUCGCGGCACAAAAACAGAGUCAUGCGGGGUAAUUUGUCUGAAAUAUCUACUUUUUGUCUUCAAUAUUUUAUUCUGGGUGAGUCCACAUAAAGAAUUUUCCAAAAUAGAAGCAAAAAGUGAACUUUUUUUUUAAACAAAUGUACUAAAUACUGCUUGAAAAGAUGUGCAAUAUAAAUAAUAAACAAUGUAUUGCAACACAGUCACUUGYUUGCAAAAGUUGCAACAGCUAUUUUUUUUCCUCAGUUAAGUUUCAUUUUAGAUUUUAAGCAUGAAAAGAUCAACAUAUUUGUAUUAAAUGCAGCUGACUCCAACACUAUUAAGCUGCAUGCCUGAUGGGGGUCACAGUAAAUCAAUAAGGUGUUGUCUCGUUUGCAUUCUGAUCGUAUUUUUUAGGAACAAUGUCUGAACUGUUUUGAGUUAUCUGCUGCAUUCUUGAUCUGAGCAUCUGGUCUGAAUUGUGCUGAUGAUGGUGGUAUGCUGUGGAAGCUGGCAGGAGGGGUCGUGCUGGCAGUGGGCGUGUGGACUCUGGUGGAAAAGAGUGACUACAUCAGUUUGUUAAACUCCAACUUCUACUCAGCCUCUGCUUACAUCCUGAUYGUCGCUGGAGUGGUCGUGAUCGUGACCGGGAUCAUCGGAUGCUGUGCCACUUUAAAGGAGAUGAGAAGUCUUUUAAUUGUGUAUUUGGUUUUGUUGCUGUGUAUUUUCCUGUUAGAAAUCAUUGCRGGAGUCCUGGCUUACAUAAACUAUCAACAGUGUUUCCCUUUCUGCCAGCAGCUGGACGAGGAGCUCAGACAGAAUCUAAAGGACACUAUGCAGCAGAAAUACCAUCAGCCAGGAGAGGAGAGCAUCACACAGGCUGUUGACAAGCUACAGCAGGAGUUUAAGUGCUGUGGUAGUCACAACUACUCCGACUGGACAGACAGUGUGUGGAUCCAGAAAGCAGAKAAUAAGCGUCUCGUUCCUGAUAGUUGCUGCAAAACUCCCAGUGAGCUCUGCGGCCGCAGGGACCAUCCAUCCAACAUCUACAAAGUGGAGGGAGGAUGCAUCAUGAAAUUAGAGGUCUUCAUCCAGAGUCAGUUAUAUAUCCUUGGUGCGGUGGGUGUUGGGAUUGCAUUUCUACAGCUCGUGGGGAUGAUGUUCACUUGCUGCCUUUAUCGAAACCUGAAAGAAGAUCCGUAUUAAUUUUAAAACAUUGUUAAUGUGAGGUUGCCAACUUUCCAGUCUUUUCUUUGAAGUUUAUAAAUCUCAUCUCUUGCCUAUUGUUCUGUACAGCUGUUUCCAAAUAAUAAAACAUAAAARGUCUUAAAAUUACAAACACUAAAGAGACCAUAAAGCUGCAGGACAGCACUAAUCCUUUCUUCACAGAUAAUUCCACUCAUGUAUCAUUUUAAAACAAAGAAAACAGAUCAAAGACUUUUAAAAGGCUAAGAAAUCUGAAUUUUGUUUAAAAAGGUUUUAAAAUAUAACUUUUUAAAGCAAAAAAUGUAUUUACUUGGUCAACAAUAAAUUGUUUUACGCUGUUUGCAGAAAUGCAAAA